AUGGGAUCUGUCAAACAGCAGGAAGCCAUAGCCAUCAUGGUUUUCCUGCAGGAAUGGGAUAGUGCCCACAAAGUUGCUCAAACAACUUGCAUCCUCAACAGCUUCAUUAAAACAAGAUACCUUACUGAAUUUCUGGAGAUCAGAGGUGUCUUGAUUCCUCUGGAAAUACUGAGGCUGAACCACCUGAAAGAAGAGGACAAAAGAGGGUUUAUAAAGCUGCUGUUGCUCACUGGAGACACUGGCAGGGAGUAUGAGGAGCUCAUUUGUGAAAGCUGUGGCACACAGCAUACCAAGUUCUUAAACGCCUCCAACACAGCAGAAGGUCAAAAAGAUGCGCAGGUUCUGCUGGACUCUUUGGGCCACAGCAACCCCAAGUACCAGAGCCAAGAUUCGCAAGGCCUCAAAGCUGUGCUGUUGUGUACCUGCCCCCAAGCCCAGCACGGGGCUCAGGCAGGUGAGGAGUGGGCCUUGCUGGGGGCAACGGGCAGUGUUACCACCUGUGUCCAUCCCUGCUCAGGCAGGAGCUGUGCCUGUCUCCUUGGCAUUCUGGCUGCACUGGGUAGCCCUACUGCCUGGAAGAGAAGUCUGGAGAACUGUGAAGACUGUCCCUGUCACUAUGCCCUUUCACCCCAGGAUAGGAUGGGAGAUGUGCCCGGUCUGUUCAUGGAGCCCGUGCUGGGUGUGCUUUGCUCAGUACACCCGGAGGUCCAGUACAAAGGUAAGAUCUGCCUACCCACCCUGGGCGCUGUGGGGUAG